UGGAGGGCAGCCAGGCGGCCAGUGUGAUGGGCGGCGGCGGCGACGGCGACCCCUCCUGCGAGCUGGCAGUUGAUGCGCGGCGGCAGCGGCUGCUGCGGGUGCUGCGGCGCGCGCUGAGCGGCCCCGCCCUGACUGCCCCCCUGGAGCGGCUGCGGUGGCACUCGUACGGCCUGCUGGUGGUGGUGCUGCUGACGCAUGUGGUGUGCUACGUGCUGAUCAAGCAACUCAUUGAGAAGCAGCACACCAACGUGUAUGUGGUUCACCGCCAAGCGCUAGCCAUGGACCGCUCUCAGCUGGUGGUGUGGCGCAUCAUGAUGGGGCCCUACUGCGAGCGCAAGAACGUCACCGCAAAGGUGUCAGCGUGCGCCAACACCAUGAACUACACGCUUGGGAAACUGGCCGACAACAUCGCGCUCCUAGAGCAGUACCACCAGGAGGUGUACCUGGGCAGUGGGGGGCUGCGGAGGCUGCAACCAGAGGUGUACGACACAUGGACUGCGAAACACCUGCAGUACAACAUCUACCUGGACACCCGCCCCCCCGGCCAGCUGGCGGAGGCGGCGGGGGUGUGGCAGCUGGGCAACCGCUUCCUGGCGGCUGCACGGGAGGCGCUGUACUGGAUGCCGAGGAUGAGGGACGCGUACCAGGCCCACCGCUCCUGGUCCUUCCUGGUGGACGCGGGCCUGGGCCCCCUGUUCGCGGGGUACCAGGGCUCGCUGGAGCUGCUGAUGGAGUCGGCGUGGAGGGCCAUUGAGAGGAUGAGGGCAGACCUGGUGGUCAUGCUGGUUCUUGAGGCGCUGCUGGUGCAGGUGGUGUGCUGCGCCUACCAGGGCCGGCUGCUGGUGCGGGUGGAGAGGGCGCGGCUGCUGGGGGUGCUGGCGCUGAUGGGGCUGCCGGGGCAUGUCGUACGACAGCUGGCUAGCAGGGAGAUCAAGGUGCUUGAGGACGAUGAGGAGGAGGACGCAUGGAGUGUGGGCGGGGAGGAGGUGGGGGAGCUCCCAACUGCUGCCACCACCACCAC